AGGGCGUCCGUGGAGCCUCACGACUACAUGCUGUCCAUCUACAAGACCUUCUCCACAGCAGAGAAGCUGGGACUCAACGCCAGCUUCUUCCGCUCCUCCAGGGCCGCCAACACCAUCGCCAGUUUUGUGGACAACGGAGAAGACGACCUCCCGCCGGCUCCUCUGAGAAGACAACGGUACAUAUUCGACGUCUCCACCCUCUCCCAGGGAGCCGAGGUCCUGGGAGCCGAGCUGCGGAUAUACACCAAAGUGUCCGGGAACUGCGGACCGUCCGGACCGGUGGAGGUGCAGCUCGCCUCCUGCCAGGACCGCCGACCCUUCCGCUCCAAAACCUUGGACUUCCAGGGGUGUGGGCGGCCCAGGUGGGAGGUUCUGGACGUGUGGGAGAUCUUCAAGGAGUGGCGGACGCAGAGUCCGGAGGGAGUUUUCUGUGUGGAGCUCACCGCUUUGCUGGAGACCUCCGAGAAGGAGCUGGACCUGCGUGUCCUCGGUCUGCACAGGCACGCCAGACCCCGGCAGAAGAAGGCCAUCCUGGUGGUCUUCACCAGGUCUAAGACGCUGUUCAGCGAGAGGCUGCGAGCCAAAGGGAGCAAACCCGGCCGCAGCAGGCGGACGGCGUCCAGGAGCCGCCACAAGACCAGGCCCGGCGGGAAGUCCAAGUCCAGGUGCAGCAAGAAGCCGCUGCACGUCAACUUCCGCCAGCUGGGCUGGGAUGACUGGAUCAUCGCCCCGCUGGACUUCCAGGCCCACCACUGCCAGGGCGUGUGCGACUUCCCGCUGCGCUCCCACCUGGAGCCCACCAACCACGCCAUCAUCCAGACCCUGAUCAACUCCAAAGACCCCGGGCACACGCCGCCCAGCUGCUGCGCGCCCGCCAGGCUCAGCCCCAUCAGCAUCCUCUACAUCGACGCCGGCAACAACGUGGUCUACAAGCAGUACGAGGACAUGGUGGUAGAGGCCUGCGGGUGCAGCUAG